AUGCCUCGCGCAGCAGCAGCAGCGAGACAAAAAGCCCUCGCCGACAAAAAAGCCGCGAAAGAAGCCGAAGCGGCAGCCAAGGCCGAGGCAGAAGCGCAAAGGAAGGCAGAACAGCAGGCAAAAAAGGCAGCGAAAGAGGCUGAGAAGGAUGCGGACGACGAAGAGGACGGCGGAAAGGACGAGCAACCGCCUGUUAAACCCAAGGGAAAGGGAAAGGGAAAGGAAAAAGCUGCUGCUCCUAAAAAGGCUGCCCCCAAAAAGGCUGCUGCUCCUAAAAAGGCUGCUGCUCCUAAAAAGGCUGCUGCUAAAAAGGUUCCUUCCCCCAAGAAAGUAGCGCCCAUGAAGAGCGCCGUUCCGAAGCGUGCAGAGGCGGUACCCAACGCGAAAACAGCAAACAAUCCAGCAACAGGCAGAAAAAGAACCGCAGAGGUUAUGGAAGGGAACGAAGACAAAGACAAUAACAACAACGAAGAAGCCGAAAACGAGGAUGAAGCCCAACCACCAGCAAAAAAAGCCAGGUCCCCCGCUGCAGCAAAGACCGCUACCAACCCCAACCACCGAAAUUUUCAACUUGCUGGAAGCCUUUCUUUCGAAAUUCCUCGAAAGUCAGUAUCAAUGGGGCCGAGAGCGCAACCAAGAACGUCAUCAGAGGUGGCGCGGGCGGACGCAGCAGGGAGGGCAGAGAGAGCAGAUGGAAAUAGAAGUAAUCGGGAGGCAGAUGACGAGGCAGGCAGAAUGGCUAGAGAGGGGCUGGAGAAGCAGCAGCAGAAGAAGAAGAAGUCGCCGCCUGUUAGAGUUUCGGUGAGGAAUGGAAUGGGGAGGGUACAGGAAAGGGAGGUGCAGUUUGAUGUUGAUGAGCGGCGUCCAGGUGAGGGUCAGAGUCAGGAUCGGAGAGAAGAUGAUGAGAGGGAGAACGAGGAUGAGGCUGUAGAUGAGGAGCGGGGGGAGGUAGAUGAAAAUCUCAACGAAGGGAACGAAGAUGUAGCCGAAGCAGCAGCGGCAGCAGGCGCUGAUGGCGGUGACCCCGACAAAGACCCCUCAGACUCCUCCUCGGACACCUCCUCAAACUCAAUCUCAAGCGUACCCUCCGAACGCACCUACCGCGACCUCCCCGACAUCCAGGAAGAACACAUCAUGUCCGGCAUCACAUCCCGCCUCUCCCAACUCCAGGAGGCAUACAACAUUAGAGUAGCCCGCACCAAGCGAAACGGCUUGAAGUACAACCAAGGCAUCUUCACGCGGGCAUCCGGGCCUGAGUACGGCGACCCCGUCACCGUGGAAGAUCUCAAGCGGGACUUUGCCCAUCUCAAGAUUCUGGUUCAAAAAUUGGUGAAAAUGAUUCCCACGGAUCGAACCCUUGAAGAAUGGACUAAGCGGGUACCUGAUGUCUGGGAGGAGCUCAAAAAAAUGACAAAGUAUGUAAAGGCGUACUGGAAACCGGACGAAGGGCCGCUUCGAAAGUGGUUGCUAGAGGCGUUGAUCUGGAGGAGGUUGCAUAAGCUGAUGUUUGAUCGGCAACGGUCCGAGUAUUUUGCUUUCGGACAUGGGAGGGCGAUGCUGCUGGAAUUUUGGGUUACUUCUUUGGCAGCAGGACUGGACUUUGGAGAAGCGGUGCCAGAGCUCUGCGAGCAAAGGGCUCGACUGGCGACUUUCUUGAAAGAAAUGUACGAGAAAGAAAGUCCAUCUCGUGUGGCGCGUGCUUUCGAAGAGGUCUUUUGUCAUGGCAUCCUCGAUUUCCUUAGGGAGAAAGAACAAGAACACCCCCCGCGCACAGGCAGAUAUUUUCACGAAGAGAGGGCUGAGCGAGAGAGGGAAAUGCAGGAGCUGGCGGUGCAAAUCAUCGGCCACGCCAGCGACCUCAACUCGAGAAUGUUGCGGUCAUCGGGGAAUUGGGCGCUCAUAUACACAGAUCCACGGACUGAGGAUCAAAAGUUUGGGUAUUCCUUCGUGCCCGACAAGAUGCACUUAAGAGACCUUGAGGAUGAGUAUGUGGUGAGUAACAAUUCAACAGGAGAUCUGGGAGACCUUCAACGGGAUGAAAUGGGUAAAGAGGUUAUUCUUGCCAUCACCCCGGGGCUGUGGAAUUAUGAAGAGUGGGCGAAGAUGGAUCCCCAUUACACGAUCCCGCAUGUGAGGUCGGAGGUGUCGAUAGUGCGCAACAAAGCGAAGCAGAAAGGGAAGGAUUCAAGAGGCCGGAGGGGGGCAACGAUGUCUGACGAGUCUAGACAUAGCAGUUAG